CGCCCCUGGAGCAGCAAGAUGGCGGACACAAUGAACGGGAGCUGCCUCUUAGUGGCUUGAGCCGAGCCCGCUUGAGGGCACAAGUGGACGGCUCGUUCGCUCAUUGUCGCCACCCUUUCUCCUUUCAGCGGCUGCGGACUCCACUUCCUCGGUGCUUUCCUUCACCCUUGUUGGUGGCGCAGGCCUGGCCGGUUCCCUUCUCCCCUGGCGGGCAGCAUGAAGCUGACGGACAACGUGCUGCGGAGUUUCCGCGUGGCCAAGGUCUUCCGCGAGAACUCGGACAAGAUCAACUGCUUCGACUUCAGUCCCAACGGCGAGACGCUCAUCUCCAGCAGCGACGAUGACUCCAUCGUGCUCUACGACUGCCAGGAGGGCAAACCAAGGAGAACACUGUACAGUAAAAAGUAUGGAGUGGAUCUCAUCAGAUACACACAUGCUGCCAACACUGUAGUGUACAGUUCCAAUAAAAUAGAUGAUACGAUCAGAUACCUCUCCCUGCAUGACAAUAAAUAUAUCAGAUACUUUCCAGGACACAACAAAAGAGUUGUUGCUCUGUCCAUGUCUCCAGUAGAUGAUACCUUUAUUUCUGGGUCUCUUGAUAAAACUAUAAGACUUUGGGAUCUUCGUUCUCCUAAUUGCCAGGGUUUGAUGCAUCCUCAGGGGAAGCCUGUGUGCUCAUUUGAUCCAGAGGGUCUGAUUUUUGCCGCUGGUGUCAAUUCUGAAAUGGUGAAACUUUAUGAUCUUCGCUCUUUUGACAAGGGUCCAUUUGCUACUUUUAAGAUGCAGUAUGAUCGAACUUGUGAAUGGACAGGUUUGAAAUUCAGCAAUGAUGGCAAGCUCUUUCUUAUAUCAACCAAUGGAGGGUUUAUCCGACUCAUUGAUGCCUUUAAAGGAGCUGUGCAGAAUACAUUUACGGGAUACAACAACAGUAAAGCUGUCACAUUAGAGGCUUCUUUCACCCCCGAUUCUCAGUUUGUAAUGAUUGGGUCCGAGGAUGGGAAGAUUCAUGUCUGGAAUACAGAGGGUGGAAUGAAGGUAGCAGUGCUAGAUGGAAAACAUACAGGUCCCAUUACCUGCUUACAGUUUAACCCCAAGUUUAUGACUUUUGCCAGUGCGUGUUCCAACAUGGCCUUUUGGUUACCAACAAUAGAUGACUAGUUCUGGAUUCAUCACUUCUUCUGGACAAUUUUUACAUCGUGUGGACAGCACCAUACUUGCAAGGAUCACUAUAAAAGUAUUGAUAUUGCAUUACUUUGACUGAAUGCAUUUCUCCAACACAUCUCUGUAUCAUACUAUAGACCUGACUCUGUUGCUCUUCUUCAAAAGGAAUUCUUCAUUCAUCUGUGCACCGUUUGGCUGGAAAAAAGGAUUCACAAUUUGCUAGCAUCUCAAGUGUAGCAGAACUUAUUCAAGUUGAACUCAUUGACAGUGGUCCUCUAACAUAUUCUGAUUGAAUGUUCCCACAGUUGAAACCUACUGAUAUAUCAGUUCUUUCUGCUAGUAACUGAAUGUUACUACUUCCUGUAAACUCCUGGAACCCUUGGCUUGUUGAAUCUUGCCACGUGCUCUCCCCAACCCAAAAUCUUAACGGUAUCCAUAUAUUGCUAAUUUUUUAGGUUGAAGUGCCAUAGAUAACGCACAACUUUUUAAUCCAUAAUGAGGUUCUGGGAGAAACUUCCUUGGCUGCCCUCAUGGAAAGGAGUUUAUCUGCAUAAAGGGAUUAGUGCUGAUGCUGCCAUGAAUGUUGUGCUCCCAGGAGACUACAUAGAAUAGAGACUUUGUGUCGUUUGCCCUUGGUAUCAACUGGGACGUACAGGACACCUGAAGUGUUUAAGUGGGCAAUUUUAAGCAAUAAAGAAGCCUUUCAAGUGGAAAAUGUUCUGAAAUAGACUUACUAGAAAUUCUGUCCCUGUAACCUUUCUGUGUAACCUUUGCUGUUUUUGUAAAUAGGGGUGGGGGGGAUAAUAUUUUUUUACUUUUAGUUAUUAAAAUAUAACCCUGGACCAAUACAGUAUUGCGGAAUUAGUCUUGGCAGUUUUACCUGUCUUUUCAAGCAGCAUUCAUCUUGUUUUUCAACUCGUACAGGUUUACUCCUUCUGUCCCGUUGUUAAAGUUAGCAUGGUUCUCUCUUCC